AUGUACUGCUUUCCUGAGCUACGAAAGCUGAAGCUCAAAGAUUCACACUACACAAAAGACGAGGUUAAGCGGGAAAUCGAUGAGCUUCAAAAUUUGAUCAACACCGAGCUCGAGGCGGAUCUCCUCUAUCUGGGGCACUUGAAUUUCUUGCUUCUUCGUCAAUUCUUCUUUCAGGCUCAAAAAGAAAAUGUGAAACUUUUCGCGAAUUUCUCGGAGAUCGAAAAUCGUAGCCUCCUCGAUGCGGUUGCCGAUUUUGAGAAAGGGAUAUCUGGGAAAAGCUCACUUUUAAACGACUUUUCCGGGUUGAAAAUCUCAUCGGGAGACUUGGAGAACAGCGAGUUGAGAGAGGAAAAUGAGAAGCUGAAACGAAUCGCUCAAUCAGUGGAUUGGGAUACAGGCACACGAGAGGAGCUCGAGAAAGAGUUGAGCUCGAGAGAGCGAACGCUGAAAGAAAUCUAUGAGGCAAGCGAGAGGGAAAUGGGGAAAAGGAAGAAAAUCGAGGUCGAACACGAGAAUUUGUCGAGAAGAUUAGAGGAGAUUACGAAAGAGUUAUCGAUGAAAGAAAGCGAACUCGAGAAGAAAUUCAUGAAUACGAAUACUUAUCUAAAUAUGCAGAAAAUGAUCAAGUUGUCCUACCUAAAACCUCUCGAUUACUUAUGGAUUUUCAUCGGUGGUGUCUCAGCUUUUAUCCAUGGAGCCGGAUUUCCGUUGCUUUCCGUCGUUCUAGGCAGCAUGACGAACAUUUUCCUCCGAGCGCAAAACUCACCAUGGAUCGAGGGUGAACACGUGAUCACAAACGAUACAAAAUCAAUAACAAAGGAAGAUUUCAAGCACGAGAUCUUGAUGAUCAGUUUGUACUAUGCGGUGCUGGGUUUGGUUCAAUUUAUCACCUCGUACUUACAAAUUGCCUGCUUUGAAACGAUUUGUGAGAACGUUGUGCACCGGAUGAGAUUACGCUAUCUCCGAGCCGUUCUCCGCCAAGAAAUCGCGUGGUUCGACGAGAAACAAACGGGCAAUUUGACGAGUCGUUUAACUGACGAUUUGGAGCGAGUGAGAGAGGCUUUCGGCGACAAAUUCUCAAUGUUAAUACAAAACAUUCUGGCUUUUGUGGCCUCAUUUAUCAUUGGAUUUUGCUACAAUUGGAAAAUGACGCUGAUCAUGAUGGCCUUUGUUCCGCCGAUUGUUCUCGUUGGAGCAUGGUGUGCGAGAUUUCAGGCGAAUCGAGCACAAAUCGAGCAGGAACGGUAUGGGAUUGCUGGUGCGAUCGCCGAGCAAGCCCUUUCCUCAAUGAGAACGAUUCAAGCAUUGAAUGCGCAAAAGAAAGAACUUGAUAAAUUCAAUGCGUGUUUGGACGAGGCACGAAAGGCGAGCAUUCCAAGGAGUUUCGCAAUCGGUGCCAUGAUCGCUUUUAUGCAUUUCUGUCGAUAUUCAUCGUAUGCGGUUGCUUUUUGGUACGCUGGAAAGAUAAUCGCUGAGGAUACGGUAGCGGAUCGGGGUGUCGUUUUUACGGUUUUCUUCGCCGUAAUGUCCGGUUCAACAGCUCUCAGCACGGCGCUUCCCUUUAUCACCGUCGUUUCAUCGGGACUUGGCGCGCUGCGAAAAGUUGUGGAAGUGAUUGCACGGAUUCCACCGAUUGAUCCUUAUUCCAAUGAAGGAGUGAAAAAGAACGAUUUAAGAGGAAAUAUUCGCUUUGAGGACGUCAAGUUUAGAUAUCCGUCUAGGCCAGAGAUUCAGAUUUUAAACGGAGUCUCGUUAGAGGUGAAAGCCGGCCAAAAGAUCGCGCUCGUUGGAGCGUCCGGGUGUGGAAAAAGUACAAUCGUCAAUCUCUUGCUCAGAUUUUAUGAUCCGAUGGAGGGAACGGUAUCGAUUGACGGAGUCGAUUUGAGAACGAUUAACGUGAAAUGUUUGAGAGAUCAGAUCGGAAUCGUUUCACAAGAACCGGUUCUCUUUGAUGGGAGUCUCAUUGAGAACAUUCGAAUGGGAAGAGACGGAGUGAAAGAUGAAGAAGUUGUGGAAGCCUGUAAAAUGGCAAAUGCUUGGGGUUUUAUUGAGAUGCUGCCCGAUCGGUUGAAUACGCGCGUCGGCGAGAGAGGCGUACAGCUAAGUGGAGGCCAAAAGCAAAGAGUCGCCAUCGCUCGAGCUCUCGUGAAAAACCCGCAAAUUCUCCUCUUGGACGAGGCCACCUCGGCGUUGGACACCGAAAGUGAGGCGGUUGUGCAAAAAGCACUUGAACAGGCUCAACACGGUCGCACAGUGAUCAUCGUUGCGCAUCGUUUGGCUACGAUUCGAGAAGCCGAUCAGAUAUUUGUGUUCAAGCAAGGUAACAUCAUCGAAAAGGGCACCAAUGAGGAAUUGAUUGCAAAGAAAGGAGUCUUUCAUCAAAUGGUACAAGCACAACUUUUACGACAACUUGAAGAAAAGGUCAAUAAAACAGAUGAUGAGAAAGGGAAUGGCAAGGGAAUGGUGUUAAGGAAACGAUCGAGAACGAGGAGUUUGUCGAGAUCGGAUUCGAUGAGAACAAGUAUCCGAUCAAUGUCCCGUUCACAAUUCGGCGCCGAUGCGACAAUCGAGGAGACAACGAUUGAAGAUCUGGCAAGAGCCGAAGAUGAGACAAAUGAUGCCAACCUAAAGCCGAUCUCGAUGUUAAAGAUUUUCACUUUCAACAAGAAAGCGAUUCCGAAGAUCAUCAUCGGUUACACGGCUGGUGCUUUAGUCGGCUUUUGCACACCGAUUUUCGCCAUUCUCUACGCUCAAAUUUUCUCCGUUUUCUCUGAGUCAACCGAUAAAAUCGUGGAUUCAGUUCAUUUUUGGGCGCUAAUGUUUAUAGGAUUAGGGCUGAUGCACGCGGUUGGAGCCUUUUUCUCGAACUCGAUGUGUGGCUUGGCUGGCGAGGAUUGCACAAAAGGGCUUCGAUCGAUCACUUUUCAAUCGCUCAUGGCAAAGGAUAUUGGCUUUUUUGAUGAUGAGAAGAAUGGAACGGGAAAGUUGUGCACCCGGUUAGCCACUGAUGCGCCAAAUGUUCGCUAUGUUUUCACCCGAAUGCCCCUUGUCACCUCAUCAACAGUGACAGUGAUCGCUUCACUCACUCUCGCGUUCAUCUUUGGAUGGAAGCUGGCUCUUUGUGUGAUCCCGAUGCUUCCAAUCAUCGUCGUCGCUCAAGGGAUUGAGAUGAGAAUGCAGCUCGGCAACAAACUCCGAGACGCUCGUCAAUUGGAAGAGGCCGGAAAAGUGGCAUUACAGGCGAUCGACAAUGUGCGCACCGUGCAAGCGCUCAACAAACAGGAACAUUUCAAUGCACUUUACUGUCAACAUUUGAAUCAACCGCACAAAGCAAAUGUCAAAGGAGCUCAGCUGUAUGGAAUUGUUUUCGGAAUCGCGCAGGCGAUCAUUUUCUUCAUGUACGCUUUUGCGUUUUUCUUGGGCGCGCUUUUUGUGAUGGACGGAUCGAUGCAGCCAGUUCAAGUUUAUCGUGUUUUCUUCUCAUUGGCAUUUUGCGGUCAAAUGGUGGGCGCUAUUGCGACUUUUAUGCCGGAUAUUGUGAAGACACGACUCGCCGCAGCACUCAUUUUUAAUCUCGUCAACCAUCCGACAAAAAUCAAUAAUCUUUCGGAGAAAGGGCUUCAAAAGAAAUUGACUGGAUCGAUCUCUUUGAACAAGCUCCAUUUCAACUACCCGACUCGAGCUCAAAUCCAAGUGCUUGACGGGUUUUCAUUGGAGAUAAAAGCUGGUCAAACUGUGGCUUUCGUCGGUCACUCUGGCUGUGGGAAAAGUACAGUGCUCGGACUGCUCGAGCGUUUUUACGAUCCGGAAAAAGGAGAGAUUACACUUGACAAUAUCCCAGUCAAUAAAUUUUCACUAUCAUCUUUGCGAAGUCAAGUGGGAAUCGUAAGUCAAGAGCCGACUUUAUUCGACUUCACGAUUCGAGAAAAUAUCAUUUACGGAAUGGACAAUGUUCCAACAGAAGAAGAGAUCGUGAGAGCGACAAAAUUGGCCAAUGCUUAUGAUUUCAUCACAGCACUCCCGGCUGCUUUUGAGACAAGAGUCGGCGAAAGGGGCACACAAUUGAGUGGUGGGCAAAAGCAGCGAAUCGCCAUCGCUCGAGCACUGGUGCGAGAGCCGGCGAUUCUCCUAUUGGAUGAAGCCACUUCAGCACUCGAUACUGAAAGUGAAAAGGUUGUUCAAGAAGCGCUCGAGAAGGCGCGUCAAGGUCGCACUUGUUUAGUGAUCGCUCAUCGUCUGUCAACUGUUCAGGACGCCGACGCGAUCGCCGUCAUUGAUCAAGGCCGAGUGGCCGACGUGGGCACCCAUGAAGAGCUUUUACAACGAAAUCCGAUCUACCAAAAGCUUUGUGCCACGCAAAAGCUUGUUGAGAGCAGAAAGGAG